GUGUAAAAUAAUGAAAUAAAUUAUAGAUAAAUUUCUUCAUUGUUUUAUUGAUAACGCAUUGAUUAGAUAGUUUGAAAUGUUGCUACAUGAUGAAAUUAGUUUUAUUUAUCUUCAUAUUGUCUUCGUCAUUAAGUAUAAAAGACGCUAUGGAUUCAUUAAAAGUAUCAGUUGUUUUUAAUUUUUAAAAGGAAUAUACAAAUACAUAAGUAGAAAAAGUAAAAAAAAUUUUAACAAUGCCCCGACCUCGUGAUGACGAACUCUCCAAGAAUGAAGAAGCUUCAAAUUCGGGUGAUAAAAAAAUGGACGUAAAAAUUAAACCAGGCGAGAAACCCGACAAUAAAAAACCCAGAGACGCAAGAAACAAUGAGGAAGAAGAUAAUUAUUGGUCCGAUUCGCAUUUAGGGAGUGAAGAUGAAGAAGAUGAAGAAGAUGAAGAAGACGAUGAUGAAGAGAUAGAAGGGGAAGAUAAUGAUGAAAUAAUUGGAAAAAAUGAAGACGAUGAACGAAAAGAAAAUGAAGAAGAACAAGUAGAAGAAGAACUAUUAGGAGAAGAAGAAGAAGACGCCUAGGAGGUAGAUUUUAAGUAGUCGCGGCAAGUUAAUUAAUUAGCACGCGUAUUACCGCAAGACUAUAAAUAAAUUGUAUUAUUAUUGUUAACCCCGUAACAAAAUUAAAGUUAAAAAUUAAAACGAAUGUAUUAUAAAUUUAAAUAAAACAUAUAGUUUUAAAAAAUGUACUCAUUAACAAAUGAGUUAUAAUAUAUAUCACACGAAAAUACAAAAACUUGCAAACUUCUUAAAUCUACAUAUGAGGCAUUCACUAAAAAUUUUGGGCAUAC